CCGCCUUUUCCACUGACUGAUCAACUUCAAAACAGCCUUUCCUAGCGUGACCCUCUCAGAGAGUGAGGUGGUUAGAUUGAACGUUGCUGGCCUUUUGAAAUCGUACAAAUAUGCUGUCUUUGACGUUGAGGCAAAUUGCACGGCCAUUGUGCCUGCGUGCCCCGGUGGCCCUGAGCAGCGUGGGGGCGAGGAGGAGCCAGCAUGCCGCUACCCGUAGUGUGGAACAGGAGGCCCCAUGGACUGGGCAGGACAGUCUGGCCCAGGACGACCCAGAGAUGUGGAACUUGCUGCGGAAAGAGAAGGACAGGCAGUGUCGGGGACUGGAGCUCAUUGCCUCUGAGAACUUCUGCAGUCGGGCUGCACUGGAGGCCCAAGGAUCCUGCCUCAAUAACAAGUACUCUGAGGGCUACCCAGGCAGGAGGUACUAUGGUGGAGCUGAGGUGGUGGACCAGAUAGAGUUGUUGUGCCAGAAGAGAGCUCUGGAGACCUUUGACCUGGACCCUGCCCUGUGGGGGGUGAACGUCCAGCCCUACUCUGGCUCUCCCGCCAACUUCGCUGCUUACACCGCCGUCCUCAACCCUCACGACCGCAUCAUGGGCCUGGACCUGCCUGACGGUGGACAUCUGACCCAUGGUUACAUGUCUGACACCAAGAGGAUAUCUGCUACCUCCAUCUAUUUUGAGUCCAUGCCCUACAAGCUCAAUCCUGCCACAGGGCUCAUUGACUAUGACCAGCUGGAGAUGACUGCCCGUCUCUUCCGGCCCAAGUUGAUCAUUGCAGGCACCAGCGCCUAUGCUCGCCUCAUUGACUACGCUCGCAUCAAGAAGUUGUGUACGGAGGUGAAAGCCUACCUGCUGGCUGACAUGGCCCACAUCAGUGGUCUGGUAGCUGCGAAGGCUGUCCCCUCGCCCUUCAAGUACGCCGACAUGGUCACGUCCACAACGCACAAGUCCCUCCGAGGAGCCAGGGCUGGUCUGAUCUUCUACCGUAAGGGCGUGCGUUCUGUGGACAAGAAGGGGAGGGAGGUCCAAUAUGACCUGGAGGACCGGGUCAACUUUGCUGUGUUCCCCUCUCUGCAGGGGGGACCCCACAACCAUGCCAUCGCUGGGGUGGCCGUCGCACUCAAACAGGCCCAGACGCCGAUGUUCAGAGAGUACAUUGGCCAGGUGAUGCGUAACUCCAAGGCCAUGGCUGAGGCCCUACUGAGCAAAGGAUACACGCUGGUGUCAGGGGGGACGGAGAACCAUCUGGUGCUGGUGGACCUGAGGCCUAAGGGCAUCGAUGGAGCCAGAGCAGAGAGAGUUCUGGAGCUGGUGUCCAUCACAGCCAACAAGAACACCUGCCCUGGGGACAAGAGUGCCCUGGCGCCUGGGGGCCUCAGGCUAGGCGCCCCGGCGCUGACCUCCAGACAGUUCAAGGAGACAGACUUUGUCCAGGUGGUGGAGUUCAUGGAUGAAGGCUUUAAGAUCGCCCUGGACGUCAAGAAGAAGACUGGGAAACUUGCAGACUUUAAGAACUUCUUGUUGGAGGAUCCAGAGACAGUCGCCCGCAUGGCAGAGCUGAGGAAACGAGUGGAGGCCUUCGCACGUCCCUUCCCCAUGCCCGGCUUCGAGGAUCACUAGGCCCUCCACACACACACACACAGAGAGAGAGAGAGAGAGCAGGGAGAGUCAGUCGAGUAUUUCCGUUCCAAUAUCCAACACUAGCAUACUACUUAGAAUGAAGCAGCAAUGUAUUUGGAGGUGAAUUUUAAGUGGUAGGCAAUUAUGGACAUUGGAACUUGGUGGUGGUCAGGGAUUGGAUUCAGGACUGGCGGAACCUCGCAGACUUAUCCAAACAGAUGGGAGACCUUGGUUAAUCCUUUGACAUCAUCCGUUGACCUCUGACCUAACAUUUCUAACCCCUUUUGUAUGUUUACACAAAAAAAUCCUUAUUUUCUGCACGUUUUUAAGGUUGUAGUGUAGAAGAGCUCAACGUCAGACCCUGAGAGAAAUGUCAUCUAAUCUUAAACUGUCACCACCAAAGGUAGUGACUUGGAUAACAUUAUUAGAAGCACAGAGUCUUAAACUAUAACUCAACACAUUGUCUUAAUUUAACAACUUGUUGACUAGAUGUUCAUGAUGGAGAUUUGAUAAUACACGUCUGUCGUACUACCCUAUACUGUUGUAAGUGUGUGUGUGUGUAACCAACUCCAUUCAAACUCAUCUGAAGUAACCCUGGGCCACAAAUUCUAGUUGAAAUCGUUCAAAUGUUUGUACUGUUUGCUCUAGCUUGCCUAGAGUGCCAGAUAGGUUUGUGAUGAUUCUUUUGUUCCAAUAUGUCAGGCAAGCUCAAUCAAGCACAGAUAAAGUAUAUGUAAUAAUCUAUUUUUUAACUUGAACCCAAGUCUGAUCUGAAGUCAAGGGGUCCCAAGCCAGAGGUCGGGGGUUGACUGGUGAACUUAACCGUUCUCCUGUUGUUAUACCUUAUACAGAUAUCAGACCAGAGCUUCACUGUCCUUUAUACAGAUAUCAGACCAGAGCUUCACUGUCCUUUAUACAGAUAUCAGACCAGAGCUUCACUGUCCUUUAUACAGAUAUCAGACCAGAGCUUCACUGUCCUUUAUACAGAUAUCAGACCAGAGCUUCACUGUCCUUUAUACAGAUAUCAGACCAGAGCUUCACUGUCCUUUAUACAGAUAUCAGACCAGAGCUUCACUGUCCUUAUACAGAUAUCAGACCAGAGCUUCACUGUCCUUAUACAGAUAUCAGACCAGAGCUUCACUGUCCUUAUACAGAUAUCAGACCAGAGCGACACAAUCAAAUGUAUUUAUAUUACAUCAGCUGAUAUCUCAAAGUGCUGUACAGAAACCCAGCCUAAAACCCCAAACAGCAAGCAAUGCAGGUGUAGAAGCACGGUGGCUAGGAAAAACUCCCUAGAAAGGCCAAAACCUAGGAAGAAACCUAGAGAGGAACCAGGCUAUGAGGGGUGGCCAGUCCUCUUCUGGCUGUGCUGGGUGGGGAUUAUAACAGAACAUGGCCAAGAUGUUCAAAUGUUCAUAGAUGACCAGCAGGGUCUAAUAAUAAUAAUCACAGUGGUUGUCGAGGGUGCAACAGGUCAGCACCGCAGGAGUAAAUAUCAGUUGGCUUUUCAAAGCCGAUCAUUCAGAGUAUCUCUACUCCUCCUGCUGUCUCUAGAGAGUUGAAAACAGCAGGUCUGGGACAGGUAGCACGUCCGGUGAACAGGUCAGGGUUCCAUAGCGCAGGAGAACAGUUGAAACUGGAGCAGCAGCACGGCCAGGUGGACUGGGGACAGCAAGGAGUCAUCAUGCCAGGUAGUCCUGAGGCAUGGUCCUAGGGCUUAGGUCCUCCGAGAGAGAGCAUACUUAAAUUCACACACGGGAUAAGACAGGAGAAAUACUCCAGAUAUAACAGACUGACCCUAGCCUCCCAACACAAACUACUGCAGCAUAAAUACUGGAGUCUGAGACAAGAGGGGUCGAGAGACACUGUGGCCCCAUCCGAUGAUACCCCCGGACAGGGCCAAACAGGCAGGAUAUAACCCCACCCACUUUGCCAAAGCACAGCCCACACACCACUAGAGGGAUAUCUUCAACCACCAACUUACCAUCCUGAGACAAGGCCGAGUAUAGCCCACAAAGAUCUCCGCCAUGGCACAACCCAAGGGGGGUGCGUUAACCCACCCAACGUAUCCUUAUACAGAUAUCAGACCAGAGCUUCACUUCAUACGUACCCUUUUCACACGAUCAUACCAACCUCAUCCAAACUGUGCUGGCUCUGAAGGCUUUUCACAUGGUCCUUUCCAGCAUGGUUCUAGCAACGAUGGUGGAUGCGUAACCAGGCCAGCUCGGUAGUGUCUGAUCCAACAACCUGCUGCAUAUAUUGUUACAGACUGAUAAUGGUCCAAAAUGACAAUACAAUAAACAGUCGUUUCACGACAGUGCUGGCUUUCAAAGUGUUGACCAAGAAGAAAGGAUUUUGUAUGUAUUUUAACUGAACAGAAUUAAAGAAUUCUUUACUUUCCAACACUGGUUAAAAAAAAUACCUAAAAGGUUUUUAAUGCUUAUGUUGCUGCUUUUGAGUAGAGGUGAUCAUGUUGAAUUAGCUGAGGACUCCUCCUAUGUAGAGACCACAGUGUGAGGGGAUGGCUUGAUUUAACUGAGGACUCCUCCUAUGUAGAGACCACAGUGUGAGGGAAUGGCUUGAUUUAGCUGAGGACUCCUAUGUAGAGACCACAAUGUGGGGGGAUGGCUUGAUUUAGCUGAGGACCCCUCCUAUGUAGAGACCACAGUGUGAGGGAAUGGCUUGAUUUAGCUGAGGACUCCUAUGUAGAGACCACAGUGUGGGGGGAUGGCUUGAUUUAGCUGAGGACUCCUAUGUAGAGACCACAGUGUGGGGGGAUGGCUUGAUUUAGCUGAGGACUCCUAUGUAGAGACCACAUUGUGAGGGAAUGGCUUGAUUUAGCUGAGGACUCCUAUGUAGAGACCACAGUGUGAGGGGAUGGCUUGAUUUAGCUGAGGACUCCUCCUAUGUAGAGACCACAAUGUGGGGGGAUGGCUUGAUUUAGCUGAGGACUCCUAUGUAGAGACCACAGUGUGAGGGGAUGGCUUGAUUUAGCUGAGGACCCCUCCUAUGUAGAGACCACAGUGUGAGGGGAAUGGCUUGAGUUCCGUUUAUUUCACAGUAUUCUUUUCGUUGGCUGAUUUCCCAAAUUACUUCACAAAAUGGAGGGUGUGUUUAUCACUGCAUCAGUGAGCCGGUGAGAAUUCCUCCAUUUUGAGGAGUAGAGUGGAUGGUCUGUACAGAACCACUCGCAUCCAAACAAGGAGGGAUAUCACAUCCAGUAUUAAUAACGAAGAGACUGACUGCACAGUGAACAGUAACUACCAGGGGCUGUGUGUACAUGUAUCAACCGUCUCCCGAGUAUAAGUGCUGAUCUAGGAUCGGGUCCACACUGUCCAAUUUAAUGUUAUUCAUUGUAAUCUAAAAGGCUAAUCUGAUCCAAGAUCAGCAUUCCUACUCCGAGAACCUUUAUGAAUACGGGCCCAGACAUAUCUAGAUAAGAUAGACCUCAUUACCUGACUCUGGUACCUGUCAUUUCCAGAGCUAUGUGACAACCUGUUAUUUAAUGGCACUACCUUAAAGCCUGUUCUGAUUAUCUUUCCAGCAUGCUGAUAUGCUGCCAAAAGUCAUGUUUCAUGUCUGCACAGUUAAAAAGAAUUUGCAAAGACAUUUUAGAUUAAAGCUUAAUACUAAUAAAUAUAUGCAGUAAUUAA